AUGGCUAGAGUUGAUCAAAAUGUGUUUGUCAAGGUAGGUUUGGUGUUAGUAAGUGUAGCACUAUUCAUGUCAUCAUUUGCAGCAGCUCAAGAAUAUGAGGUUAUUUAUCAAGUUUCUGAGGAUGCUGCGGCGAGCCCUAUUGGCAUCGAGGUUGACUAUUUAGUCAUUGAUGAUGCCUUCCCUCCAAUUUCUUCAGAAAACGGUCAAUAUGCGUUCCCUCCUAACCUAUCUCCGGAAUCUUAUAAGAAGUUGGAUGAAUGUGUAAAUAAGAUUACAGAAUAUUAUGUUGAAGAGAUCUUGCCCAGAAUUUUUAAAAGCGAACCUCUCACUACCGAUAGUUGCAAAGCCAUUCUGCAUUUGGGAUAUGAUUGUCACAUCCGGUCAGUGAAAACACUGCUCUCACGUCCGGGACUAAAAGAAAAUGCUUCUGAGAUACUGCCUAAAAGUGUGCAGAUUUGGGAAACAUGUGCCUUUGUUGCCCCUUCUCCUUUCUAA